UGUUACCCCGUAUAACCUCCCUCCUGAGAUGUGUAUGUCAAAACCUUACAUGUUCUUGACUUGUCAUAUUCCGGGACCGUCGAGUCCACUUGAUGGCAUUGAUGUGUAUUUACAACCCUUAAUUGAUGAUCUGAAAAGGUUGUGGAUUGGUCAAUUGACGUAUGAUAUUGCAAAGAGGGAGAAUUUCAAUAUGAGGGUGGCUUUGAUGUGGACUAUCAACGACUUUCCUGCGUAUGGGAUGUUGUCUGGUUGGGGGACUCAUGGUAGACUUGCUUGCCCUCAUUGUAUGGAGAAAACAAAGGCGUUUACUUUGGACUAUGGAGGAAAGGCUUCAUGGUUUGACCAUAGGAUGUUUUUACCAGAAAGUCAUGUAUUUCGAAGGAAAAGAAAUAUGUUCAGGAAAGAUAAAAUAGAAAAAGAUGGUCCGCCUCCUAAGAUAACAUCUCGUGAAGUGUUUCGUAGGGUCCGUGGGCUUUCGAGAUUCCCAGAUGUUGGCAAAAGAAUCAGAUACCAUGAAUAUGGGGAAAAGCACAACUGGAUCAAAAGAAGUAUUUUCUGGGACCUUCCUUACUUGAAAGACAAUUUACUAAGACAUAAUCUUGAUGUUAUGCACAUUGAAAAGAAUUUUUUUGACAAUAUACUUCACACAGUGAUGAAUGUCUCCGGUAAAACAAAAGAUAAUGAGAAGGCUAGACUGGAUUUGUCGGUUUAUUGUAAAAGACCAGAAAUGGAACUACAACCUCUUCCAAAUGGAAAAUUUCGAAAACCCAAAGCUGUUUUUAGUCUAACCUCUAAUGAAGCAAAAUCUGUUUGUAUGUGGUUAAAAGAGCUAAGGAUGCCGGAUGGUUAUUCUUCUAAUUUAGCAAGGUGUGCUGACGUCAACAAGGGAAAGUGUCGUGGGAUGAAAAGUCAUGAUGGUCAUGUUUUCUUGCAACGCUUACUUCCAAUUGCAUUUAGUUCAUUGCCAAAUAAUGUUAUAAAACCAUUAACUGAAGUUAGCCAAUUUUUUAAAGACCUUUGUGCUUCAACUCUAAGAAUGGAUGAACUUGUUAAAAUGGACCAGAAUAUGCCAAUCACUCUCUGUAAACUUGAGCAAGUUUUCCCACCAGGUUUCUUUGAUUCUAUGGAACAUCUAUCGGUGCAUCUCGCUUACGAAGCCAUGCUCGGAGGGCCUGUUCAAUAUAGGUGGAUGUAUCCUUUUGAAAGAUUCAUGGGUGAUGCAAAGCGAUGUGUGAAGAAUAAGGCUAAGGUUGAGGGAUCAAUACGCACAGCUUACACGUUGAAGGAAGCAAAUUAUUUUCUCUCCCAUUACUUCAAAAACGGGACAUUGACUCCAACAAACACACGAAAUGAAGUUGAUGCUGCAAGUGGAAGUCACUCAUUUGCUUUAUCGGUCUUUUGUCUUCCCAGGCGUCAUGUUGGGAACAAAGAAUACUGGAUGAAAGAUGAAGAGUUGCGGUCAGCUGAAGUUCAUGUGUUGAUUAAUUGCACUGAAGUUAAACCAUACCUCGAGGCAUUUUUGAGUUGGGCAAACGUUAGUGAACAACAAUCUUCUAGUUAUAUAUAUGCUAAUUUUUCAGAAUGGUUUAAACAUCAAGUAUCAAUUAUUGAACCGACUAGAGGAGCCAGUCAUCUGAGAGGACUAGCUCGAGGGCCAGAGAGACUUGUCAAAGAAUAUCACACUUACUUUGUGAAUGGAUAUAAAUUUCAUACUCAUGCAUGGACAGUGGGCAAAAAAACAUAUAACAGUGGUGUUUACGUAAAAGGAGUCAGAGAAGGAGGUGUAGAUGACUUCUACGGCGUGAUUAAAAACAUAUAUGAAUUGUCUUACCAAUAUGUAGAACAUGAGAACAAAGUUAGAUUGUAAUCCUUUACAAGUAAAUAAUUGUGCAAUUGGCCACUUGUUUCAAGUACAUUUUUAAAUGAUUUGUGGAGUUGGUUACUGCAGAGAUAAUUGUUAUUUGAUUCUUCUCACAGUGAACAAGUUUAACCUUGAAUGAACUUGUAAGUAAC